AUGGAAUGCGAUGGAGAAACAGAGAUUGAUAUGUUCACGGCGAGUCUCGCCGAUGCCGAUGUAUCAAAGUUGAUGUAUAUUGACGUCGAUAAUGAUGUCGAUGCGGAUGUUGAUGCGGAUGUUGAUGUUGUCGAUGGCGAUGUUGUCGAUGGCGAUUUGUCGAUGGUGAUAUCGUCUCCCCUUCACCUCCAUCGUUCACUUCCCCUCGUCGGCCCCGUCGCCCUUGUCGUCCUUCUCGAUGAAGCUCUUCCCUCUCAGUCGAAAGUCUUUCGUUAUUCUUUUCGUGUCCUUCCUUUUGAGCCGGCUGUCCUUCUUCCUCCUCCUCCGCCGCUACUCUCCCACCCGCCCAUCCUACACAGAAAAGAAACCUGUCGGGUUGUCGUCGCGCGGGCCCCGCCACCGGUCGAUGAUCUUGACGGUGGUGAAGAUCAUGCCGAUGACAUAAAAGGUGCCGGCCCAGCAGAUGGCCAGGAAGAGUUCGGAGAAGGCGUCCUCCUUGCUGAUGACGUCCAGUGA